AUGAUCAUAUCUCUAGGUGGUUGGUAUCGAAGCCGGUCCGCUGCCUAUAAGUUUGUUAAUGAACAUGUAACCGCCGAAUCAGCUCGUCAGCGGUGUCGYUUGAUGUCAGMAGGUGCAGAUCUGGUAUCUUUUGUCAACAAAGAGGAGGAGGAGACCUUUGAUCAAUAUCGUGAAGGGCUCGGCCAAGUGGACGAUUUUUGGAUCGGAUUCAACGACCUUGAUAAAGAAGGAACCUUCGCUUGGUUUGACGAGACCAAAUCUGGCUACACAAACUGGCUUCGAGGAGAACCAAAUGAUUCUGGUAAAGUUGAAGAUUGCACACUGAAAUUAGGACGAACCACGAGUACGGGGUGGAUUGAUUCUAACUGUAAAGAUAAAAAACCAUUCGCUUGUAAAGUAUUAUGCACAUAAAAAAACAUAAGGACUAAAAGCAUUCGGCAUCUAAGUACUUUUUUAAGUCAUUUGCUGCAACAGGAGACACUAGGCCUUCAUCAUUAAGUAUAUAAGGCGGUUUAUUUCAUUCUUGAUUCAGUUUUCUUUGUUAUUCAUAGUGUUGUAUCUCGCUUA